UCCUUUCUAGCUACAAAGUUUGAUUACCUUUCUGUGUUUAAUCUCAAGAUCAAGAACACACAAAUAUGUACUAUGAUAGUGUUUCAGAAUUUGAUCUCAGACUCUUGGAAUCGAUACGUCGGUAUCUAUUAGAAGAUGAUUUUGAUACAAACCCAGGUCAGGUUGUGGAAAAUGUGGACAAGAAUGGGCUUCAUGUUCAUGAUGAUGCGAUUAAAGUUGAUCAAUGGAUAAUCUUUGAUCAGUCGUUUGAUGCAGCGGAGAAGAGAGUCGGUGUUAAUAAUGCUUCGUUUCCCAGCUUCGAAGUGAUCUUUCAGAAGGAGACUGGUGCAGCUGUCCCUAAACCUCACGCCCUGCCGAAGGAGGUACAUUAUAGGGGAGUAAGGAGAAGGCCGUGGGGGACAUAUGCAGCGGAGAUAAGGGAUCCGAAACGAAACAGUGCGAGGAUCUGGCUUGGUACUUACGAGACCCCCGAGAGUGCUGCCCUAGCUUACGAUCGAGCCGCCUUUAAAUUUCGAGGCGCCAAAGCAAAGCUGAAUUUUCCCCACCUAAUCGGCUCGAAUCAGGUGGAGCCGGCGAGAGUGAACAGUAACAAGCGAAAAUCCCCUGUGCCGUCUUCCACUAGUUCAUCGGUCCAGUUACCAUCAUCUCCGUUGUUCACUUUAACGUCGGAUGACGAAACUCCGAAGUCGAAACGGAAGCGAAGUGAGAUUAAGUUUUCGAGUAUUGAAACCGAGUUUGAAGGAGACAUGCAUCAGUUGAUGAUGCAAACUGAAUUUUUUCAAACCCUUAUCUACUAAUAAUUAAAUUUUACAUGUUCUCAUAUAUUCUAUUUUAAUAGUGAUUUUACUUUCAUAUUCCAAAAAGCGUGUUAAAAAAAAUGAAAAACACUCUUUCUCUCAUUCUGUAAAACGGAGGGACUUGCUCCAUGGUCGCGACGUUAAAGUGAUGUACUUAGUUCUUGAGUGGCUCGUUGUCCCUCUACUUGAUGGCGAACAGGCUUACGAGAUCUUUAUAGGCAGUUUUAUUGGCAAGGGAGUGACCAACAAACUAGUGUUGGCCCCGCAUGUGGCUUCAACGUCAUGAAAAAGGCCUUUCACUUUAGUCCAUUAAAGGCACCCAAGAUUUCAUGUAAUUGUUGUGUUUGACGAGAUUGUCUGUGAGAUCCUUGGUUCAAUCAUAUGUUUCUUUCGGUGGUUAAAAAGAGUAAAAUCAUAUUCGCAUCAUCAAAUUCUAAAGCCAAGGGAUUGUUAGAGUAGGACAUCAUCAGAUCUCGUUCUACGAAGAGAUUUUAUCUCUCUUCUUUGGGCUUCUAUUUAACCCUCUAAGGUGCAGUCUGGUUGUAGGAGGUACUACUUUGGUCUUGUAUUCUUCAUAGUUCUCCUUUACUGGCAUGUUUUCACUGUUCUGGUUACACCAGUGGCCCGACAUUGAGGAAUUAACAUUCUCCUGCCUUAGUCGUGGUUGGUUUAGUGCUUUUCUCUAAGCUCUUGAAAAGCUUGAGCAUUAUGUUCCG